GCAUCCCGGGGCGGUGAGUCGGCACCGAGUCCCUCCUUUCCAUUCCUGAAUAACAGGCUGUAGAGGUGUUUCUCAAAUCAAAAAGGAAGCCCCAGGACUCGGCCAUCUGUAACUACUGCCUGGCAAUAUGGGACCAGCUCUUCUUUUAUACAAAAAAUAUUGCCGGCUCAGCCUGUUUUCGGCAGGACUGGUCAACAAAGAGCAACUCCUACGCAGAUUCCUUACCGCCUCUUCUGGUCUUUAUAUGAAGAAGAAAACCAGUGAGUAUGAAUGCGUUGACCAAGAAAAGUAUGGAGAUUUGGUCCGCUGUGUCACAUCCUUCAAAGAUAGUUCUCAAACACCUGAGUCAUUAUUCGAAGAAGACAAUAGGCUCUAUGGACCAGUGAGUAAACGUAAGCACCUAGCUAAGGAGGCUGACCCACGCAUUCCUGGAAACUGGGUUCCGCUCAUGAAUCCUGCAAAGAACUCUCUGCUCCAGGAAGCCUCCCUAAGACCACCUCUACGGAUCGGUUUGGAAAGGCACAAGAUGGCCAGCGUGACAACCGUUCUGCAGCAGACCGUGCCCCUGGAGCAGGCCUUUUUUCUGGAGAGAUGGAAACGGAAGAUGAUUCUGGAACUUGGACAAGAGGGCUUUGCAGAAUACACUAAAGAUAUUUUCCAACAAGGUAAGCUCUUCCAUGCGGCUGUGGAAGAGUUAUUGUUAGCUGAAGAAAACCCUGUGCAGGAUCAGGAAGAACACAGCAGCACCUCCAGCUACUUAGCCAGCAUACAGCAUGUGCUCCAAGAUGUCUCUGGAGUGAGAGCCCUUGAAAGCGCAGUACAGCAUGAGAAUCUUCGGUAUCAAGGCCUAGUGGACUGUGUGGCAGAGUACAGAGGGACAUUAUGCGUCAUUGACUGGAAGACUUCAGGGAAACCGAAGCCACUUCUUCGGAAUACGUUCGACAAUCCACUGCAGAUUGCAGCAUACGUAGGAGCCGUUAACCAUGAUGCUCGUUAUGACUUCCAGGUCGACUGUGGACUCCUUGUGGUUGCUUACAAGGACGGUUCUCCUGCCCACGCUCACCUAAUGGACCCUGAGCUGUGUUCUCAGUACUGGAACAAGUGGCUGCUUCGCCUGGAGGAAUUCAGAGAGAAAGGGAAGGACGGUGGGACUGUGUGACGGUUCUGAGCGAAGGGUUGCUCAGACCUGGGCCCGGCUUAGAUGACGGCCGCUGCUUGGCUUUGAGCCUGGGCGGAGUUAAAAGGUAUGGGGGAACACUGGGUUCCAAAUCUCAUUGA